AUGGUCGCUUCGAAGCUGAUCCUUGCGGCCAUUGCAUUUGGUCCAGUGGCUGCAGGACCAUGUCGCCCAUCGCCCACCAAAGUGCUGUCGUCCACUACCGACUUCUCUUCCUCGUCAAUGAUCUCCCUUUCUGACUCAUCCCUUUCUUCCAGAACAACACAUGAUGCAUCGACCAGCAAGGAAUUGGGCCCCGAGACUACGACCAACAUUGCGGCCGACACUUCGUUGAUAAGCAUCACCGUCACUUUUGAAUCUACUACCACAAUCCCGACAGAUUCUCAGGGUACUGUGGCUGAUGCAACCUCCGAUAUCAAGACGGAGACUACAGCUGAGGGAACAAGUACUAUGGAAACGACUCCAACCAACGAUAUAGCGAGCACAACCCUCGAGAGCACGACUGAAGGAAGUGGAAGUGCCAGCACUGCAACUGUAACUACUGGCACCGCAACAACUGAACCAACCACCACCAUUGCUGAAAGCACAGUCGAGUCAGAGAGCAGUUCUGUCCAAGCCACGUCUACAACGGAGGCUACUACCGGAACGACUGAAGCAAUCACUACAACGACUGAGGUCACUACCACAACUGCUGAGACUACUAUAACAGAAGCUAUCACUACAACGACUGAGGUCACUACCACAACUGCUGAGACUACUACAACCGAAGCUACCACUACCACAACUUCUAUAGAGCCAGUAUCCACGACAUUCAACCUUCUUGUUCAAGGAGGUGCCAUGGCUAACGGAGUUGCCCUUUACUCCAAUGGUCAAGAUGCCCUGGUCUUAAAUUCACAAGCUGCUGCUGCAUGGUUUACCUCAUACUCGACGGCCCCUCUGAGCUAUGACCCCAUUACACGACACCUCCUUCUCGGAGACAAGCGUCUAUGUCUCAUGUACGACAGUAUUACCAUUGCUUCUUUCGCGAUCUGCCAGGGUCCGCCAGUAGGCCAAAAAUUUGAACUCACCUGCGACGAUCCAUCUGAUGGUAGCUUGAGAUGCAAUAUUCCUGCCAAGCAAUACAUUAGCAAAGACAACAUCUUUGUUGAUACUGGCGAUACUUGGAGUCAUUUUUACUUGCUUGAGGUAAACCGUCAAUUUAGUCCUGGGGUUUUCCGUAUCAUCAUUGCCAAGGAUAACCUAUCGAAUAAUGAUAUCAAAUACGCAGCCUUUGAGCGUAUUACUAUCAAGAUCGUCACAAGGUCACUCAGUUUGAUAAUGAAAUCUGUUUCAAGCUACGGGAAGCGAUGUAGUUACCGCCACGAGUCAUAUUUCUUGUAA